AAAAGUUGGCAAACUAGGCGAUGGAGAAGUGCCAAGCAUCACUGCCUCUUGGAAGGUGACGUCAUCAGGAAAGAAAGCCUCGAUCUCGUUCUCCCGAGACAAUAUGAACGUAUACCUAGACGGAUCUCCUAUAGAGUGUACG